GUGUUCCUAAUUUUAACACACUUUCUUCUUCUUGGGAUGUCCGCAACCAUCUCUUUCUCUUCCUCUAUUUCCACUGUUUACAUUUUACAAAUACUUUUUAUUCUGUAUAUAUACCCCCCACUCAUGCAACUCUUUCUUUCCCAUAACAUUUCCUUCUUAUCUCUCUUUUUUCCUUCGUUUUCUCUCUGACCAAACACUCCAAUACUUCGUAAAAAGUUUCGUAUUUUACUUCUCUAUGGCUGAUCUUGACUAUCAAACCAAGCUUCCACCGCAACCCACUGCCGUCACUCCUGCUACCACACGUUUAAAACUCUUCGGCUUCGACGUUUCUGAAGACAACGACGACAUAUCAUCAGAGCCCACCACUGCCACACCGAAAACUCCAUCUGGGUCACCUGAUUCUUCAACCUUCCCUCCUUCUAACGACCGCAAGUACGAGUGCCAGUACUGUUGCCGGGAAUUUGCCAACUCGCAGGCGCUCGGUGGCCACCAGAACGCGCAUAAGAAGGAAAGGCAGCAGCUUAAACGGGCUCAGUUACAAGCCACGAGAAACGCUGCUGCUAUUUCAUUUGCCAGGAACCCUAUGAUCUCGGCGUUUGCUCCACCGCCUCAUCUCCUGGCCCCGGCUGGGCCCGUGGUGGUUCCCACGGCGGCCGCAGCUCAGUCGUGGGUGUAUCUUCCACGCGCCGCGGCUCCGGCCUUCCAGGUGUCUCAUGGCUGUGUGAUAGCGAGUAGUAGUAGUUCACAUGAGAGAGGUGCAGGGGGCUUAUCGUAUGGUGCGCGUGCAGGGGAUCUGAGUGUGAACAUGAUGAGGGCCCAAGUACAGAGUAGGGCCCAUGGCCGAGCCGUGGAUGGGCCCUCAUUAAGUCGCUUUUCAAAAGGAGAUGGUGGGCCCAGUUUUGACGAUAAAUUGGGCUUGGAUUUGCAUUUGAGUCUUGCUCCGGCUGGGUCUUGAUUUGGGCUUGGGUUGGAUCCGGGUGGGUCAAUGCUAAAAAACCUAAUUAAUUAAUGUAAUUUUGUACAUUUUUUCCAAAUUUUAUUUUAUUUUUUAUUUUUUUCCUCGUUAUCACUCACAUUAUUACUCACUACUAACCGCCAUUAAUCUGAAUCUUUCUGAUUUUUCUCUUCUCCA